AUGUCGAUGUUCCGUGCGAAGAAGCUCGACCUGGGCUGCUUCGUCAACGUCCGAACUCUGCGUGAUCACACAAAACGCAAGGUGUUUGAGCAACACGAGACUGAGAGACAAGCCCUCCGUUAUAUCAUCCGCAAUACCACACUUCCCCCCCGAGUCCGCGCCGAGGCCCAGCUCCAGUUAACGCAGAUGCACUGCUAUACCCGACCGACUCAGAUCCGAAAUCGAUGCAUCAUGGGUGGCCAAGGCCGUGGUGUAUUGAGCGACUUCAAGAUGACCAGGUACAACUUUCGAAUGGAGGCCAUGGCUGGCAACAUUCCUGGUGUGAAGAGAGCCAGUUGGUAG